AUGAUGAACAAGUAUAACUUAUUCCUUGGAAACAGUGAGAAACCCUGUUUUAUAAUGCAAAAAGGUGAUCAUAUGAUAGUGAGAAAGAAUAACCCUGCCGGUGACUUUAAUCCGCGUAGUAGCAGCACCAUCAAGAGGGACAUCUAUAGUGACAGCACUGAUGAUUUCGAUGACGAUUCCAACGAUGAUGGUGAAAAAAAUAACAAGUUCUUCUUUAAAGAGGAAUAA